AUGCUCGGGGCUGUCGGUAUUUGUUUCGUAGCUACUAUGACAAUCCUGCUAUUAACGGCUGAAGAUGUUGAGGACCCUAUUUAUUCCACGCCAAGAAGGCGGUUAGCUGUAGCUACCAGCAGAGAUCCAAGUGCUACACUGCACUUGGACGAGCGAUACGUUUUCGAUGGAACCCAUUCUGACUUUGCACAGCAGUUCUAUCGACGAUACCUUGCAGGAGAUAAAGUUGCAGCAAUUACAGACACUAGUGGCCUUGACGAGGUCGUGGACUACGUGAGUGAGUUCGGAUUGGAAUUUGCCAGUCUUUCGGCGAUGCUACAGCAAGCGGUAGUCUGGGAUAUGGGCUACGUGGCUGCAGGAGAUCUUGGUUACGUCAAAGUAUACACGAAGUGUGGCAUGCGAAUGUCAGAGUUGCAGCUUUCGAGGAAUGCUUACCGAAGUGCUGGAUGCACGGAGCAGAGAUGCUCCUCACCGAAUGGAGACCUAUUCUACCAAUCGCUGUUCUGUAAAGGGUAUCAAAUGGGAAACGUGAGUCUAUGUGCCGCUACCAACGGUAUCACACCAGUACAUGGAGCAAUGUGGGCUGACGGGGGCACCGACGAUGUGGUACCAGUGAGUGAGAUGCAGCGGCACGAAUGGAGAGACGCUGGUAUCGACUACACGAUCUUGGCGAUUCACUUGGCUACAGAUCUCAAUAGCUACGGGAAGUGCAUCGUGCCGUCCAUGGUAGUCCCGUGUGUCGUCUAUGACGCUAACAAUAAAGACUGGUGUUCGCCAGAGCAUGGUGAGAUUGUACCGCAGUGGCUCGAACUCGGAAGAACUGGCGGCGUUCUGAUGACACAGAGUUCAGGGUGGCAGAAAGCUGCCCUUCCUGUCACCAUCACGAGUGUGGUGCUACUGUUACUCGUACUCAUUGCAGCUUUUGUUUUCUGGCUUAGAAUUCGUGAAAAACUGCACCAGAACGAGGAUUUCUACGAGCAAAAGCGUGCAAUCUUAGGCGGUCGAGGCUCCGACGCGUUUUCGAUGAUGGACGACAUCGACUUCAUCCUUGAAGUCCCAAGUCAAUCAUUUAUUGAGAAGGAAGGGCACCAAACGUGGGUCGCCUGGAACCACAAAGCUGCCAAGUCAAAACAGACCGCCAAUGUUAGAGAAGAUCUAGAUACAACGUUGAGUGGCAGCUUCGAGGACGAGAACAAUGAGGACAGUUUAUACCUCCACAAAGGAUCUGAUCGCCACCAACAGCUUAACUGUAGCAAGGCAACGACUGCACGCUUAACAACGACCUUUGAGUCCGGGUUUCCCUGCAGUCCACGGAAUACUUUUACUAGCACAUUGACGCUCACAGGUCACCCGGAGACAACGAACAGCUCGUUGAUCAAGUUUCAGAGUGACGCAGUGGUGGCAUCACGUCGUGUUCCUUUCGUGGAUAUCAGUCUGGUGCGACAGAUUUCAUCGGGUGCUUACGGCGAAGUCUGGUUGGGUCACUUAUGCGGGGACAUUGUUGCUGUGAAGAGACUCACUCGCGAUCGGCGUCGUCAAGUCCACGACCUCGAGCUUUUUGCAGCCGAAAUCCAACUGAUGGCUUCCUUGGAGCAUAUUAAUGUACUCGGACUUACAGGUGUGGCCUGGAAUACCCCCGAGAAUAUGCUUCUCAUUAUGGAAUACAUGGAGCGGGGAGACUUACAAGGCGUUCUGCAGUAUCAAAACGGUGACAAGAUUCCAGAGUCAAGUGGGAAUAACAGCAUCGACGAGUUUUCGUGGGCUUCUCACAAGGCUCAAAUCGCCCGAGAUAUCUCUUGUGGUCUUCAAUAUCUCCACAGCUUGAAGCCGAUUAUUGUGCAUCGCGAUUUGAAUGGUGUGGGGACGGCAUACUGGACGGCACCAGAAGUGCUGGCGGGACAUAGGUACUCGGAAAAGGCAGAUAUCUAUUCGCUGGGUGUCGUGCUGGCUGAGUUAGACACUGGAGAAUUGCCUUUCUACGACGCACGCACAUCGGACGGACACAAGAUGGAGACGAUUCACAUUUUGAGUCUCGUGGUAAGCGGUGAGUUGCACCCGAGCUUUACACUUGACUGUCCUGAAGAUGUACGCAAACUGGCACUGGCCUGUUUGAAUCCGAAGCCAGAGUGUCGACCAUCGGCCCAAAUGGUCCUGGACGAGCUUCACCGACUGCUGCAAGGCUAG